AGUAUGUGCUCAAUAUUGAUAUUGGUGAUGAUAUGCCAAUGUGUGGUAGGACAGAACAGUUUCAGAUGGACAUGCAGAACAGGAUCCAAAGAACACAGGAGAUUCCAACUAUGAGAAAUCUGAUAAGCAGUCCAUUUUCAUCAGUGAUUUGAGAUAAGUCCCUUUGCUUUUCUAAUUGUCAAUGCACAGCUCUUCUUGCAGUUGUGAGUGAGGUUCCCCAACUGCUACUUGGUUCUAAAUUUCUCACCUCUUUCUGCUCUGCUUCACAGAAAACCUGCAUAAUGCUUUGUCUUUGUACUUCUGCAGCUUGCACAAAAUUCACUUCAUUCUUGUUAGGUGAAACUGUUGAGGUCAGAACUCAGAAUACCUCCCAGGAAACAGAAGGCAAGAGAAAGGAGGGUGAUGCUCUCCUUAAUUCAAGGUCUGAUUUGGAAUUCCUGGGUUGAAUUUUAGCUCCUUUUUCAGGAGAAAUUGAAAUAUGUUAUUGCAGGGAAAUGCAGAGAACAAGUUGUCAGGGGGCUUACUCGUGUGGGCCAGUCCUGUGUUUGCAUAGUUCAGGGUUGCAGGAAGGGAUCCAGCUGAGAGCACAGGCAAACCAGUGCAUUCCAAAACCACUGAGAGACAGGUUCUGCUUCUCUGCACAUCCUUCUCUCUGCAAGGAAGUAGCUGCAGUCUCCUGCUGCAUGCUGGUGGGUACUGGUGCUAUACAGACGAAAAAAACUGCAGGCAGCUGGAAAAAAUCACUUUCUUUUUAAUGCAAUUUUUUUUUUGUUAUUAUCAGUUAUGAGUGUUCUGGUUUGCAGGAAAGGGGAAGAAAUUAAAAUGGCUUUACACAUCUUUUGGCUGUCAUUCUUAGCUUGUUUUCUAAGGAAUGGUGUUUGCCUGUCAAACUUCUCUAAUUACUUUUGAACACAAGGAAUGUUUAUACAGCUGAGUUCAGUGGUGGUAGGGAUCCCAUCCCACAGUGGCCUUGUGUGGUAGCUUUGAAAUCAAUAGGGACACUUUGGGGUGUCCUGGCUGACGUGCAUGGUGUGAACCUCAGAGCAUCAUGACUAUGUAGCACUGGAGCAGCCCAGGAAGGUUUUGAGGAGACAAUGUCAGGAAGCAGGGCAUGGAUGGAGAGUUUGGUCACUUAGGAGUGAGUCACAAGGCAGAAAGUAUUGGUUUUCUGCUCAGAGUACUUGAGGCUUUCCUGAGGAGUUUUCAGACUGUUAGAGACUCAGUGCUUGUCUAAUUGUUCUCCCAGAAUCAAUAGUUAAACUUGCAUUGAUUUCUGCUGACUUCUCAUGCUUGGGAUUCCAGCUGUACCAUGGAACUUGAGAUCUCAGUGUUUCACAGAGGCUUACCUGCCACAGCUGUCUGACACCUCCUGAAAUACUGAGGACAGCUUCCCAGAAAGUGUGCAGGUUGGAAAUGCCACUCCAGGUGCCCUUGCAGCCUUUGUAGGUGCUAGCUGCCAGGCUGCUGUUUGUCCACCCAUUUUACAGAGAUAGCCUGUGCCUGGUGGGCUCAUUCCCACAUAUUCCCAGGUCUGCAUCUCAGAAUGGCCACUUGCUGCUAUCUCCUCAUUCUGACUAUUCCAAGGAAUUUUUACUGAAAAUUUUUAUUUUAGCUGAAUUUUGACUAAGAUUAUUUUCCAAAGACAAUUUUCUAUUUUAUUCCUUUUAAUGUAUCUGAUGUCUAGGUGCUGCUAUGUAUAUUUUCUUCUUUACUUGCAGUAUUUUCUAAAUUCACAUCUUCUUCAGCUCUUGACAACAAGAUCUACUGCCUAACACAUGUUAGUGCCUAUAUUUCUAUAUUUAAUUGCAAGAGAUUACUCUCAAAUGUAUUUCUGAAACAGGUAUAAAGAACAAUGUUUACUGGUAAGUUUCCCAUAACUUCUUUUCAUUGAGAAAAGAGUAAAAAAGAGUAAUGAUAUUGCACUUCUGCUGACUACUCUGCCUGAUUCACAGGGUAUUUGCUCUUAACAUGUUGUAGGAGUUAAAAAAAAUGUGUCAAACUUUUUUUGGCACCCAGCUCCAGUAGAUCCUGUUAGAAGAAACAUAUGGCCUCACACUAACAGUGUUAAAGCACUGCUGAAGUAUUGCAUGCACGACAUUGACAAAUUUCCUCUAGGCUUUUUGUUUUCUGUGCUAUUAAGCAUUCAAAGUCCACUAUUUCAUUACCACUGAUGAUACAGAGAGCCUUAUUGACAUUCUAUCCAUCUGUUCAUAACAUGCAUUAUUAAAUGUGAAGCAACUAGUAGGUAAGAGUGCACUUGCCAGCUGUACAAUGAAUUCUCAGUAGUUUGGUGCCCUCUAUAAAUUUUCUAGUAUUCUGCCAGUUUCUCAACAUAAUUUGCAAUGGGGAUAUUUUUUAAUGUUUUACAUUGUACAGAGAAAAGUUGCUUCAAAAGAAUAUUUUUUUAUCCCUAAUGUGAAAUAUUUAGAUAUAGUUUCAAAAAGCCCAAGAGUCUUUUAAUAUACAAAUAUUGUUGCUAAUAUCAGAUCUCACUAACCACAGUUUCUGUGUUUUUCUUUUUUUGGUUUUUUCCCUAGGAGCAAAUCUGCUGCAUUACCUAUGAACAGGACAAUGGGGACCCAAUGAGUCACCCUAUUCAUAUAUUUUUGGAACCCAGAGGAAUUGGUUUUACUAUUUACAGAUUAUAACAGUUGGUAGUUGAAUGUUUUAUUUUCAUUCCCAGUUGGUACAAUAUGUUCACAGCUGAUGCUAAUGGCUUGCCCAUUUGAUAUCACAUAUGGUCCACUAUUUGGGUCUCCUAAAGCUUUCUUUUGUGGUCAAGCUGCUUUCAAAUUUGUGUAUGUUUAGGUUUGUUCUGUCUGCUAGAAAGGUGAAUAUGAAACUCUGAAACUGGGCAGCUUUAUAGUAACUCAGCAGUUCUGAUGAUAAAGUUUCAAAGAAUUUGAGACUAAAUGUUCCAUAAAGAAUAUUUUUAUAUAUAAUGGAAAAAAUACAAAUGUCUAACAACAUCAGGUGAAAUUCUGAAAGAAAUAUCCUUUCCUCUUUCUUUGUCUUUGAUGCUGUGAUUGAGUUAACCUCCAGUGUAUGGAUACCACUGAGCAUCAUCAGGACUGCUUUUUCUGGGUGUUCAGUUGUUUUGGAAACCAAUUUAUACAUAAUUUGUAUGGCUUGAAUCAUGAUUUCUAUUUUUAUUUGAAUAUUUCUGUUAUGAUAGUGUUUUGUGAAAAGAUGUAAGGAUGCAAAUUAAUUUUUUCUUUUGUUUCUAGAAUAAGAGCAUAGGAAAAGUGAAAUAAAAGAAUAUGGGUGCAGAAAUUAAAAUUACAAGCCAGUCUGAAAUUGUUCUCCUCUGAUAAAAAGUGUUUAUACUGACUCUGAAACAUAACUGAUAAAGCCACAAUCUCAUAAAAAGAUUAUUUCCAAAACUAUUGCAUUACCCUCUGAGAGCUAAAAUUCUCAUUUAUUUGUAGGAGUAGAUCAUAAUAGCUCAAAUUCCCUGAGAAGUGGGCCUUGUGCGAUAAUUAAGCAGGGUAGUACAUUAAUUGUCCUCCACUUCACCUCUAGAUGUUUAACUCCUUAUCUAGUCAACCAGCAAACAAUAAUGCUCACUUAUUUGUGCCUUAUGGUUCAAAUAUUUUUUUAAACUAGGUAAUUUAUUUGAAAUAAAACAGAAUAAGCAUAUUGAUGUGAAAGGGACAUUUAAAUUAUGUCAGAUUACCAUUACUUAAUACCAUUAGGUGGUAGCAUGUGGGUUUUAUGGUUGUAUGUUUUACCCAUGCAACUUUAGCUGAGUAAGAGCAAUGUGAUUUUGCAUGUAGGAAUAUUUCUCUAACUAAUGGGAAAUUUAACAGAUUUAACACUUUUUGCCACAUGUUUUCUGCUUUCUGCUGGCCUUGCUCUCACUGAUGCCUGUUAGGAGAGCAGGUACAUGUUUGUUGGAAGUGUCACCUGUGCCUGGGACAUCUGGCUGCUGGUGCUGGAUUAAAUCAGGAAUCUGGUGGUAGGACAGAGUCUCUGGCUUGUUCAGUUUUGGGGGAAAUAGUGCAUUUUCUGGUUUAGAGUCAGCCCCUGGAAGGAGACUGAAAUGGAGCUGAAGUAGGAGGCUCUUUCAAGUUAAUCAAGUCAAUAUUCAACCUGGAGUACUAGGGAAAGAAAAAGCCAACUAAACCCCAUGUUUUUGCAAAUGAAACUAAUAGAUGAGAAAUAAUAUUCUGCCCUCUACUAUAAGCAGCUUCAGGGACUUAGAAAAUGACAGAAAACUUUAGCAUGCUAAGAACUUUGCUUGAAAUGUCUUUAAAAAAAAGACUGAGGGAAUCAAAUUAUUAAUGAAUGAUCUCAGGAACGGAUUGGGUACCUGAUGAUGUAGUAAAAAGUAUUUCUUAGACAGGACUUGGUCAAAAUUCAGUGAAAUUUUGGGUACUCUGACUGUACCCAAGAGAGUUAAAGAAGUUAGUGAUGUUGUCUCUCCCAACUUAUUAGAUAGAAAUGGAAGAUUGUGCAAGAAGAAUUUGGAUUUAUUGGACACAAAAUUAAGUUAUAUUCAGGAAAGAAUGUAUUUCUCAUAAGUAGCACUAAGUGUUAGGAAGUAGAAACAAUACUGUUGAAAAUUAUUUUUGGGGUCUUAUAAAUAAAUCCCAAGCCCACAAGGCACCAGGAGCAGUAACUUGCUUGGCUGCAGGUAUUUGUCAAAACAAGAGUGUAACAAUGCAGAAGUGGUCAUAGCCUGGGUAUCCUGUGACACAGGAUAUCAUACAGCAUAUUCCCAGGAGUCCAUACCCAUCAGAUUUGGGGUGGCUCAGCCUGCUCUGAGCACACUGUGCUGGGCUGGGCACGGUGCUGCAGCUCAGUCAGCAGCACUGGUUCACAGCUGAGCAUGGCAGAGCAGCAGGGAACAGCAGAGACAGCCCUGCUGUUCACUGUGUGCCUUGUGCCCUCUCUAACACCCUGCCACCAUCUCCAGAGGCUGUCACAGCAUGUCCCUGUGUGCUGGACAUCGUGUCCUUCCCUCUGCUGUGUUGACUCUGGCCUCACUGUGGCCUCGGGCAUUUGCUGCAGGACUCAUGUAAAGGUGGGUUUUGCAGUGCAUCAUCCAUGCCAAGGGGAUUCUGUUGGAAAGAAGUGUUACACUGAUUCUAAUCUCUGACUAAAAAGAUAAUUUCUGAUUGGUGCGUGGAGAAUUAUGUACUUCCUGGGGGAUUCUUUUAUUUGUUAAUAAUUUAUUAUUGUUAUUAUCAUUGCCAUCAUUAUCAUAGUUAUUGUUAUUAUAUCAUCCAAAAUGUGCGAGUGCUCUGGCAGAAGCAUCUUCGUGUGGUGCCUCUGUUCUCUCUGGCCCGUGCAGCUGGGCUGAGUGGCAGUGUUGGGCACUGCCCUGCCCUCGGGGGCUGCUGCAUGCUGGCAGCCUGUGCUCCUGUGCCUCCUCAGCUGCAGGCUGGCACCCACCCCAGGCCGAUGGUGAAGCUGUAGUCAGACCUUCAAAGAGCCACCAGAAUACAGACCUCACUCUCUGCCCAACAAAUUCUUUUCUUCCCAAAGCGAUAAGAUCUUUGUAGCUCUCCACUAAAUAUACUUUCUUCUUGUUUUGGCAGAGGAAGAGCCUGAGGCUGGAGCUUGCCGAGAACACUAUGUGGAAAUGAUCUGAACAGAAUUCAGCUAAAUGGUUCCCACUGGCUGCUUUAAAGACCCAAAGCCUGUGACCAUCUGAAAUGCAGGAAUGCAUAGUUUUGGCCAUCCCUUCAACCUCAGCUCCCCUGUAAGGCUGCCUCUCUCCUCACCAGGAAAAUGCAGAUCCUGAAUGCUGAGCACUGGCUUUCCUGAAAACAGUACAUGUUUGAACAUGGAGUAAAACCCCUUGCAAACUCUCUACAUUGAUAUCCUCAGAGAGAUGUGACUUCUUUGGCUGAUCCAGGGGAAGGAGAAACCAGGACAAGAAGACAAGUGCUUGUGUCUGCCACUGAAUGGAUCCUUUCCUUGGUUGUGGAGUUACCCAGCUACAAGACCAACUGCCUAUCUCAAAUACCCAUUCUCAGUAGGCCAAAGAUAAAAGGAUUCGAUACUUUGGAGGAACUUUGCCUCACGUGGUUGUAAAAUCAGCAGAGGUGCUGGAAACACCUCUCAUUUUGUGUGGAGAGGUUCAGUCCUAUACCUGAUGGAGAGGAGAAAGCAUUGACUAAACAUUUUUCCAGUCCUUGAAGCAGUUUUCUUUGAGAGAAUGACAUUUUUCAUGCCAGACAGUUGGCAUCAGCUGUCAAGUUGGGUCAUCAUGUUGGGUGAACUGGACAAGACAGAGAUGGAGACAUGCAAUGCUGUAUGGUGUCAUCAGAACUAAAGAUUAUGAAAUUCUUCUGCAUGGAUUUUACCCCUGAAGUGAACAGAACACACCAGGGAUAUCCCAUGGCGAUGAGAGUCCUUGUUCCAGCUCAACUGAUUCAACUGGCCAUGUUGCCUUUUAUCCAGGUUCCUGUUUUCAUCACAUGACAGGAGAUGCAGAAAGCACUAGGAAAACUACACCACCAGAGGGCAGCAUCCACAGUAGAAUGUGGGAGGUGGUGCUUAUCACCUGCCAGGGAAAAUGUUGUCUUCUGAGGAGGGUCUGGGAGCCACCAGUAUCCUGGGUGCUUGCUGUGGAAGGAGAUGGCUCUCACUGAGCAUUACAGCCAGCAGCUCCUCACAGCUUGAGCAGAAAUUAAACCAUAUGCCAGUGUGUUCCUGAAAUGCUUCUUGUCACUAAAAGCUGAUGAGGAAGGAUGAUUUAAGGCACUGGGGAAACCUUGUCUCACUCCUAGCUGCACUGCGAAUGCUUGGCUUCCAGCUCAUGCUGGUCCUACUGAACAGCAGGGUGAAACACAGUUUGCCAUUAUGUGGAGGAGGCACAGUCCAUGUUCUGCAACUGCUGUGAGAGACCUUCUCUUAUGCCAGAAGCUCUCCUUCCUCUCACACACUUGUCCUGGUCCAGCCUGCUCCCAUCUCCAUGAGACUGUUCCUGCUCUUGCCUAGCCCCAGUCCUUGGUGGGGUCUGUCAGCCCUGCAUCUUUCACCCUUCCAGGCAGGUGGACAGGUCCCAGGGGAUGCAGCUGCAGGGCCAUGACCAGCUCUGCCCACCCUGCUGGGGAAUGACCAGAGAAACUCCUGGACCCUAAAUAUAGCAAUCACAUUGCAAUUCACCAUGAAAAUUCACCUAAGAGUUAUGUUGUCUUCAUAUGAAAUAGAAUUAAAGUGAAUGAAUGAAGACUGCAGUACCCUGAACUGAGGUCCUGGGAUUAACUAAAGAGCAAGAGCUUGUAAAGCCAACAGUUGAGGUUCUUCAGUGUAUAUUAUAUAUUGCCAUCUCAUCAGAUAAACUUAAAAGGAUCUCUGUCAUCUUCUCCUAGUGCUCCCUGGAGAAUAGAUGGUCAAAAAGUGAACUGUUUUUCUGGUUGCAUAUCACAUCCAAUUCUUGAGUCUAUGCACUGCCUACACAACCAUUGCUGUUGCUUCAAACAAGCAGUCCUAAGUGCAGUGAAAAAGUAUUUUUGUCAGUGAAAUGCCGUCUAUGGAAUCAUGGAUAAACCCACAUUUUCCUCAACCAGCUUCUUCUAAGGAAGCCCAGGUGCCCUCCUUGCAGCACAGUAAAGGUUUGGAGCCCUGCUGUCAGCCCAGAUGUGAAAUCUGUCCCUGCAAGGCAGACACGGGCUGGGCACGUGUCUCUGCUCAAUCACAGAGACUCCAGCUUGGCUCAGCCACCUGCAGCCUGGGCAGAAGGAUUUCUCCUGUUCCCAGGCUUCAGAAGAGAGUCAGAAACCAUCAGGUGGUGUGACAAAGUGCCUUCCAUCAAAUAAUUGCUGAGCCAGUUGAUCAAUUUCAAUCAAGUGGGACAGAAGGAGAGAGCUGUGAGACAUGAAGUUAGGAAGAAAACAGGUUUUUCAAUUGUCGAUAAAUGCAGUAAACAACAGGCUGCUUUCUCUCAGAAGAAGUUAUAUGAAGUUGUCAUCCAUUUGACGACCUGCAGUAGUGGAAAUCUGAACUGUAGUUUGGUUUUUUCACCCUCAUGGCAGAGUAAGAAGGAAUGAGAGCUCCUUCCCUAGGCCCUGUACCUCCUCCAAGCCCACAGCCUGGCUCUGCACAUAGGAAAAUGUGUGAAUGCUGUAACUCUGUCUCCUCAGCUUCCAAAGCAGAAGAAUUUAAUCAACUGAGUUUCCUAGGUGUCAGACAAUCCUGGAACCAAGAACCUCUGAGAACAUUUCAUCCUCUGGUUUCCCUGAAACUUUCAGUUACACCCUGAAGUUACUGGAAUCCAUGUUCUGUUCAAGUGACCAUAUAUAAACUUGUCAUGGAGAUCAGCUGAGACCUCAUGGCAGAAAUCUCUUUUGAAACAACUGGAAAUUACUUCACCUUGGUUCAAGCCACAGCACAACAGAUACUUUCUCCUCCUUCUCCAGCCCUGCUGAGCUCCUGAAGAUGCCUGGAAGAAUUUGCUGCAUUUCUGGCCCCAGAGGCUGUUAUGGAGAACACCACUUGGCUACACAAGAGGUUGCUGAAAUCCAGCGUUUGUUUUCAGAUAUACAUUCAUGCUUUUUAAGGAAAUGAUUGUAAGGAGCUGGAGAACCUUUGAAAUGAUGUUGCUCAAAGAUUUCCCAGUAUUGGCACAAACUAAGCAAAUAAGGAAAAUACUGCUAUAAUCACUGCAGAGAUGGAGAGUCCUGCUUAGCUCCCAUUUUUGUAUUCAAAACUGGAAAAAUUACAAGUGCUUGAAGUUUAUCCUGGCCGAAAACAGCUGCAGCCAUGGCUGUACAUGACCCACAACAUGAUCUUUGCUCCACCACCUCUCUAAGACAAAACCAAGGAAGCCCUGUGGAAUGAAGGAUGUUUGCAAACGCCACUGGCACAUAUUGUUUGUAAUAAAAAGUAAAAUUGAUCUUCAGUCCUGAAGAAAGUACUCCCCAGCCUCCUUUAUGUGGAAGAGCUUCUAAAUCAGAGGAUAAACUGAAUGAGUAUUAGCUCACUUAGAUUUUUGUAGGUGUCAUGAAAGAAGGAGAAAAAAGAAAUAUUACGGAAGAGAAAACCAGGUUGGAAGAUGGCAUUACUAUAAAGGCAAAGAAGCAUUGUCACUGAUGUUGCCGUUGGUGUGAAGAGAGGAUCUGACGAACUUCUUUCAGGCAGUGUACUCAGUAGCCCGAACUCUAACAUGAGCAGCAUGGUAGUUACUGCCAAUGGUAAUGACAACAAGAAAUUCAAAGGUGAUGAUAAAAUGGAUGGGGCUCCUUCUCGUGUUCUUCAUAUCAGGAAAUUGCCUGGGGAAGUGACAGAAACAGAAGUUAUUGCUUUAGGUUUACCUUUUGGUAAAGUAACCAACAUCCUGAUGCUGAAAGGGAAAAACCAGGCAUUUUUGGAACUUGCCACAGAAGAAGCAGCUAUCACUAUGGUUAAUUACUAUUCUGCUGUGACACCUCAUCUUCGUAACCAACCCAUUUAUAUCCAGUAUUCCAAUCAUAAAGAACUAAAGACUGAUAACACACUUAACCAGCGGGCCCAGGCUGUUCUUCAGGCAGUGACAGCUGUGCAGGCAUCAAACGCUCCCAUUAGUGGGACCACUGUUAGUGAGAGUGCAGUGACUCCAGCUCAGAGUCCAGUACUUAGAAUAAUUAUUGACAACAUGUACUAUCCAGUAACCCUGGACGUUCUUCAUCAGAUAUUCUCUAAAUUUGGUGCUGUAUUGAAGAUAAUCACAUUCACAAAGAAUAACCAGUUUCAAGCUUUACUGCAGUUUGGUGAUCCAGUAAACGCACAGCAAGCAAAACAAGCCUUAGACGGUCAGAAUAUUUAUAAUGCUUGCUGUACCCUGCGAAUUGAUUUUUCCAAAUUGGUGAAUUUGAAUGUCAAGUACAACAACGAUAAGAGCAGGGACUACACUCGUCCUGACCUUCCAUCUGGCGAUGGACAGCCAACUCUGGACCCAGCUAUUGCUGCUGCAUUUGCCAAGGAGACCUCUCUUCUAGGGCUUCCUGUUGCAGCUGUUCCAGGAGCUCUGAGUCCUUUGGCCAUUCCAAAUGCUGCUGCUGCAGCUGCAGCUGCUGCUGCUGGCCGUGUGGGAAUGCCUGGAGUUUCAGCUGGUGGCAAUACAGUCCUCCUGGUUAGCAAUUUAAAUGAAGAGAUGGUUACGCCCCAAAGUCUGUUUACCCUCUUCGGUGUUUAUGGUGAUGUGCAGCGUGUGAAGAUUUUAUACAAUAAGAAAGAUAGUGCUCUUAUACAGAUGGCUGAUGGAAACCAGUCCCAGCUGGCCAUGAGCCAUCUUAAUGGACAAAAAAUGUAUGGAAAGAUCAUUCGGGUUACCCUUUCUAAACAUCAGACAGUACAACUACCUCGAGAGGGACUGGAUGACCAAGGGCUGACUAAAGAUUUUGGUAAUUCACCUUUGCACCGCUUCAAGAAACCUGGUUCCAAAAACUUCCAAAAUAUAUUUCCUCCUUCUGCAACACUUCAUCUGUCCAAUAUUCCACCAUCAGUAGCAGAAGAGGAUCUACGCACAUUGUUUGCUAACACUGGAGGCACUGUGAAAGCAUUUAAAUUUUUUCAAAGAGAUCACAAGAUGGCGCUUCUUCAGAUGUCAACAGUAGAAGAAGCUAUUCAGGCUUUGAUUGAUCUUCACAAUUACAAUCUGGGAGAAAGUCACCAUCUGAGAGUCUCUUUCUCUAAGUCAACUAUUUAAAAAGGCAGAUAGAGAAUGAAGGUGUAUUGCAUUGUUUGGUGUUGUCACCUUUUGACUGUUCAGGAAAGUGGGGACCAGAGUUUGUCUUCUGUUUUUUUAUUUUUUCAUGCUGUUACCAUUCCUUGAUUGUUUUAAAAAAAUAAUUAAAAAAAGGCAGUGCUCUUAACUGCUUUUCAAGUGUUCAACUGUUGUUUAGAUAAACCAUUGUUUUGUUUAAAAGAUUUCAAGUUAAUACGACAUUUUUUCAACUUAGUUGACGUACGUGCCUUAAAAAGGAAAAUUAGUACUGCUGGAAUUGCAUAACUAGUAAAAAGCAAAUUUGGUUGUCUGGGGCACAUUGUUACAUGAUAAUUUAAAUAUGUUUAGGCAGGGGUGUGUAAAAAGGUUAAGUUUUUGUUUUCUCCUGCUUGAUAGAUUUCUUUAUCUGCUGACUUAUCACUUAUUUCCUUUUUAAUUGGAUAAAAUGCAUUACGCUGAAAGAGUAAAAUGAUUUUAUUUGAUUUUUGCUACUUUUUGCUAUGUGUUCUUUUUUAAAAAAAGCCUUUUGUAUUUCAUUGUUCUGGUCUAGAUUCAGUUAUGAAUGUAGGCAUUAGUUAAAAUUAACAAGGUACAGAAUAUUAAUUUCUUAAAGGACAAAAAGUGACUUCUGUGACUUUGAGCCCUACGUGAAAAGCAUUGUGGAAUCUUAACCUUUUUGUACACACUCUUGUGGGAUGUAUCAUAUAAAUGUCAGCACUAAGUAAUGUCUUGUUUGUGGCUGAAUAUUUUUCGUAGAUGUUUUUGAAGUUGACAUGACUUACGUGCAUUUCAGUAUAUAUUGCCAUCUUUAGUUUGUAAUUAAGAUAUGGAAUAUGGUUGUGGAUUUCUGAGCAUGUACAGACUGGUCAAGCUAGUUCAGGAAAUGGUGCAUGUAUUUUUCAAUGAUGAAGAAAGUUUGCUGCAGAUGCUUGCAGGAAAUUUUGUGGCAGUUUUCUAAAACUGACAACCAGGUGGGACCAAAGUUUAUGUGCCUUUAGUCUUAAUUUACCUUGCAUUGUAAUAUUCAGUUUUAAUAAAUCUCUUCAAAAUAUUUUGUAUUUAGAAAUUGAUCUGACUUUACUAUAAACAUGGCUCAGAAUCUGCAGAUCCAGUUAAUUUGAAAGCAGUUCACUGACAGUCUGAACUGUUACCUUGAUUCUGUUUAAAUGACCAAUACUUUUUGAAAUUGAUGUACUUAGUUUCAAGAUUCAUAGAUUCUGUUAUCUAUGUAGAAAAAAAGGUCAUGUAUAUUUUCUAUUAGUUGAGUUUUUACAUCUUUAGAAUUGUAAAAUUCAGUAUAGUUUGGAAGUGGCACAAUUAAAAAUUAAUUUUCUAACAAAGUUGGGAGGUUUGAUGGUUGUUUAAUUUCAUUUUGUGUGUACUCUGCUUACCUCUGUAGCAUGCUCAAUAAACACUUCUGUAGCUCUGUAUUCACCUUUUCUGUCUUUCUCUGCUGCUAUCUCUUCUCUUCUUUGUUUUCCACUUCUACUGUGCUUCUAAAUUCAUGUUAUUCUCUGCCAGGGUGGGAAAAGCAUAACAUUAAAAACUACUAUUUAUGGCUUUUUACCAUAAAUCUGAUGCUGUGAAAAAUACCAACUCUUUAUGUUCAGAUAGUGACCCCUUUGCAGGCAUAUGUGCAAAUUAAACAUUUCCCACCCUGUUAUAACUUACUGCUUUAAAGACAUAACCUUUAUUGUAGUUUGUUAGCUCUCUCUUUCUAUCUUUUUAGUUUUUAAGCAGAUUUAUGCACUAAUAGAUCUCUCAGGUUUGCCAUGCUCUCUUGCUGCAAGUUUCAUCUUUCAUUUUUUUUGUGUGUGCUAUAAAGAUUUUCUACUAAUCAUACAGUACACUCAUGGGUGAAAGUAACAAAGGAUUUCACAUGAGAUCCGUGGACCAUACAUGUUUAAGAACAGGAUGCUUCACCUUUUCAGAGUCAUGGGUUCAAAUGAAUAUUAGAACAGUUUGGGCACUUCAGUAGUUUUCCUGUAUAUUACUUUGAACUGAUUGUUGUGGGGGUUUUUUCCCUUUCAGUUAGAAAUAGGAUUUUACACAGUUGCCAUUUAAGAGCAACUGAAUGAUCCUGGAGCAUUCAGUAAAAGCUGUCAGCAUUAAAAUCAAAGCAUUUUUCAGUCACUUUCCAGUACAACCACUGUAGGUACAUUGAUGUCAGAAUACUUUGUGAACUGAUGUCUUCCUUUGGGUGGCUUUCAAAUCAGUAAAUAGCUCUCAGCUUUUUAAGGUCAUGGUAUAAUGUAGGGGCUUGCAUUAGUCUUAAUACGUUAAAUAAAAUACAUUUUAUCAGAAUUACACCCAAUAUAUGAUUUAAGUCAUACUCCAGGUAAUGCAGUGAUCACCCAAUCUGAAGUGCUGAUAGAAUCCUAUUCAUCCAUACUCAAAGUUUUGGAAUCAGCAUCUUUUUCCAAUUUGAGCACCCAAACGCAGAGAUGUGACUAUUUCCAGUGAUUUAAGCAGUAGUUAAGGGUCUGACUGAGCUGAUCUGUUACAUUUUUCAUCUGUACAAUAUGAUGUCCCAUAUUUUUCUAAAAUAAAAGUGUGUCAGAUUUCCUUUUGUGUAUCAGAAUGUGCUUGCGUGUUUCAACUAGAAAUGUGACUUGAAAUUUGCCAUUCUGUGUGUUCAGCUUGUGCUGAAAUGUUUCCGCUCCAAAACGUGUAUCAGAUAGCAUACAGUGAUUGCCAUAUGUGUAAUUUUGAAGUAACUGUGAACAUCUGCACUGUCUGAUUGUGUACAAAUACAGGGGUUUAUAAAAGGGUAGCUUACAUUCUUCUUGCCAGGCUUGUUUCCUUAAAAAGAAGUUUCUAUACUUUUCUCAUUUUGAAAAUUUCUGUGGCAAAAACCUCAAGGGAAAGAGUAUAUAUUGGCUUUGACUUAUUAUAAAUUCAGCAGCUUUUAUUACGAGGUUAUAUUUGUAUCAGCCAAAAUUAAAAGUAAUGACAGUCAUAAUUGUCAUGAAAGCAUUUUUUAUUAAUCUGAAGAAAAUCACUGUUCAGUUAUGGAUACUUAGUCUUUAAAGUGGUAUCUCUUCAGAAAAUACAGACUUAGUACUGUCCUAACUCCUAGAACUUUCAAAAACUUCUUUUUCAUGAGAUGGUAAUGCAUUUUGUAUAGUAAUUUGUACAUUUUUGUUGUUAUAAAAUGUAAAUAAGUUUCUGUAUUUUUAGCUCUUCAGAAUGUGAAAAGCAUCACUUUUAUUAAAAUUUUACUAAAAAUAA